UGAUGAUGACGACGAAGAUUAUCAUGUCCCACACAAUUGGUCCGGUUAUGAAUUUUCAAAAUUAAGUGUAAAUGAAGGUGAAGCGGUGUCUUGGGAGUACAGGCAAAAUGAGGUAUGCAUCGGUUCGGUGUAUGCUAACAGUGACAACAUGAAGGAAGCUAUAAAACGUUGGUCGACUCUCUCUUUGCAAAGACAGUUCAAAGUUCUCAAGAGCAGUCCGAGAACAUAUGACGUGCGUUGUGUGAGAAGCGAAUGUCCUUUCAGGGUGUAUGCUUCUAUGGGCAAGUGGCAGGAUUUCUGGGAGGUUAAAAAAAUUGUGGAGCACACAUGCCUGCUUGAGCAAUUAGAACCACAGCACCGCAACCUCAGUGCAGGUUUCAUAGCUAACUACAUGUACCCUUUGAUCGUGGACAAUCCUAGUUAUGAACCUAAGUCAAUCAUUUGUGCUGUUGAGGAGGAGUUUAAAUAUAAAAUUAGCUACAACAAAGCUUACAGAGCGAAACAAAAAGCGCUGCAGAUGAGGUGGGGGACGUAUAAAGCUUCGUAUCACAAUAUACCGGCAUUGCUGCACACUAUAUGUCUUAGAAAUCCUGGUAACUACUACGACUUGAAAACGUAUCCAUGUGCCCAGAAGCCUGGAAAGCAGGUACUCCAACGGUCGUUCUUGGCCUUGGGCGCUUGCAUUGAGGUGUUUCCGCACUGCCGGCCAGUCAUUUGUAUAGAUGGGACAUUUUUGACAGGAAGGUAUAAAGGCACAAUCCUCACAGCUGUUGCAGCUGAUGGUAACAGACAAUUGUUGCCUUUGGCAAUUGCCUUUGUGGAGAAAGAAUCAGGGGAUACUUGGUAUUGGUUUUUGCAGAGGGUGAAGCAGAUGAUUGUCAAAGAUGUAGAGAACGUGUGUUUGAUUCAUGAUCGGCACAAGGGUAUAUUACAAGCAAUCGAUGACAUACAGAAUGGUUCUACUGAGCGUAGUAGGACUGCACUUUGGCCGGACCUAAAGAGUAGGUGGUGCAUGAGGCAUAUGGGGGCAAACUUUCAUACCCAGUUCAAGAACAAAAUCCUUAUGAAGCUAUUCAAGCGGUUAUGCAGCCAGAAUCAGAAAAGGAAAUUCAACUUCCUAUGGAAAAAAUUGGAUGAGCUAACAAAAAAACAAACGGCGGAGCUAGCGAAGAGAUCUGUCAAUACAGAGGACGACGACCAGGUCUCGCUUGAAGAUGUGGGCUUGGACGGUCCGAAUGUCAGGCGCAAAAGGAGAAAGGCAAUUAAGACAUUCUCUGAGUGGAUUGAGCACGAACCAAAAGAGAAAUGGGCUUUACUGUUUGAUGAAGGAGGUGCUAGGUACGGUUUAAUGACUACGAACCUAGCCGAGGUAUACAAUUGGGUGCUGCGUGGUGUAAGAUCAUUGCCACUUGUACUGCAUUUCUGCUGUGUGUUUCAUUAACGUUGUAUUAUGAUGUAAUUCCUAUGGUUAACAUUGUGACGAUUACGCCGGUACCGUGUAGUGUUCCGGACGAUGGGAUGUGUCAGGGCAGUGCAAUAAUCACGAGUAGGUCGAUGCAGUGACAGUACGACGAGUUUAAAGUUGGCGAUGCGAUGAGUAGGUCGAUGCAAUAAUCCGUGUUUAAAGUUGUAGUAGUGAACGCUGUGGAGCGUGCGAAUACAGUUGGUACGUGCGAAUACCGCCAAACCAACCGGCUGCAGGGUGAUAUUUUUGAAAAAAAAAAUAGCCACAUAUAUUUUUGAUAAAUCGACGAAAAAAAAAUAUAAAAAUAAAAAAAAUUCAGGGAAGAAGCUUAGGUCGUCAGGCGCGGCGGCCCAUGUUUGUGCCGAACAAUUCUUUGAGCCCAGCAAGAGUGGCAUUAGUAAAAUGAAUAUCAAUCCGGGGGUCUGAACUCUGAACAGAACAAGCUAUUGGCCCAUCCAUGAUGACUUGGGAUGAGUAGCAUGUGAGCUGGCUCCCGGUCAGGGGAAUCGGUAACGUACCAGCAAAAGGGCUGGCAAACAUAAUUACAUAAGGGAUUGCUAGCACGAACAGAAAAAAAAAAUCUCAGCCGGACGCUCCUGGUUAAUUACUUUUGGCAAUGAUGGGAUCCAAGGAGAAUUUGCAACUCGCGCAUUAAUCUCCAUCCCCGUUUUACCCCUUGCCCCCCUCCUAUUAAACUUGAACGAAAACCAUUGGAGAGAGCUCGGCCAAAACACCGUACCCCCCAAUCAGUAAGUCACCAUCCCCCAAUAAUCUUCUAUCGGCAUCAGCCUGUAGUGCGCUGUAGGCAUCAGCCUGUAGUGCGCUGUAGGCAUCGUCGCCCUGGUGAACAUGUCAUCGGGGCUGCAUGGACUCCACCACCGUGACCAUGGCGGCAACUACGGGCCAGUGGUCGGGGCGCUGUUCUUCAUCGCGAUCGUCACCGCCGGCUCGUUGGCCCUGGCCCGGUACUGCGUCGGGUCCCAGGCCUUCCAACGGACUGGCUAUGACCUGGACGCCUACGUGCAGCGCAAGUUCGCCGUGUGCGUCGGCACGGGCCUCCGCCGCCCCGUGACGAAGAAGCAGGCGUGCCAGCCUGCGGCUGCGGAGGAGGUGGCGCCGGCGGCGGAGCCCCCUGCGGAAGAGGAGAAAGAAGAGGGCGCCGGAGAUCCGCAUGAUAUAUAGAAAUCGGUGACUUGGUGGGUCGUCUUGUUGGAGCUAGCCUCCGUGUUUCCUAGAAUGUCAUGGUAUGCAGUAAUAGUUUGUAAGGCAUUCUGAGGAGAAAUAAAUAUUCAACCCUGCAGGAUGAGAAUUAUGAAAAUUGAAGGUAUCAUCGAUUA